CCUUUUUGCUGCUUAAGCUAAUGCACCCACCUGCACACCCUCAGUCCUCCCGCUCGGCUACCAGCGCACCGUCGACCACCUUGCAUUCCUGCAUCCUGCUUCUCACAACCUCGUUGCAUUUUUGCUCCAGAUCUCCAUUGAAUCUUCGUGCAUCCCAAAUCAUCAGUCAUGGUCUAAACGCGCGUCAACUCUUCUUGUUGCUGCUGAGUUUGGUUUUUGCUUGAGAACCAUUUCCAGCUGUCCGUUCGCGCCCGGUUGGACUGACGACUGGCUUUGGCGCUCAGCUCGCGCUGAAAGCUCAACACAAUCUCACGACUUAAAGCGAAUAGAAGCCUUACGCGAGCGUUUGAGACUUCGGAUUCCUCGAUCUCGAAGCCUUGCUCGUGUAGGAAGAGUACGCCGAUGUCACUGACGGUUUAGUUUUCUUGAUUGAAAAAUAAACUGUCUGCGUGAGCCACGACCAAGACGGGAAGGACCUACGAGGCUACCCUGAAAGAUAUUACAAAAGUUGGGAGUGCCCAGCGAUCCAUCGGAUCUCUGCGAGGUCCGCCAGCAUAUCGUCUCUGUUGGGAGUGUCGGGCACAUCCAUCUGUUGAUCUGCCGAACCUCUGUCGUCCUGAGUCCCACUUUGAGACACUACAAGAGCAGAGACGUACGAGACUACUGGCCACCCGGCUUUAUAGGACCGACAAUUCGGGCCUGUCUCUUAGCCCAAACAGGCUCUCGUAGGGACGCAUUAGCAGGGCUCCUGCGGGGUGGUAUUGUCCUUUGAUUGUACCCGAAUUUUGGCGGAGAUAUUUUGAGCACGUCAGCCGCACGGCCUAUAACGAUUCAAAAUGAAUCAGACACAGCCAUAUAUGGAUAUGCAUCCAGGCUCUCAUAUCUCCUCCGGACCAUCCUACUCGCAUUCGGCGACGGCACCAAUGGCCCAUUAUCAACCAUACCAGCAGCCCCCAGUCCUACCUCCUGCUUCUAGUCACUAUGCGCACCCGCAGGCCUACAACACCUAUGGUUAUGCGAAUGGCGUUACGUCUCCCCAAUCUGCAGCGGGGCCCGUUGGGCAGCCGCCGCCUCUUUCUGCUAUGAUCUCUGCGACGGGGCCGCCAUAUACUCAUGUACCACAACCGAACACUCUUCCCGCGCCUAAUCAAGGUUAUCCUGCUCAACAACAGCAACCAUUUGAUACAACCGGGCAGAUCGCUCCUCCUGGGAUGAAACCAAGGGUCACGGCUACACUGUGGGAAGAUGAAGGGAGUCUGUGUUUUCAGGUUGAAGCCAAAGGUGUCUGCGUGGCUCGUCGUGAGGAUAACCAUUUCAUCAACGGGACAAAGCUUCUCAACGUGGCUGGCAUGACUCGUGGUCGUCGAGACGGAAUCCUGAAAUCUGAAAAGACCCGUCAUGUGGUGAAAAUCGGGCCUAUGCACUUGAAGGGCGUCUGGAUCCCUUUCGAACGUGCUCUUGAGUUUGCAAACAAGGAAAAGAUUACUGAUCUGCUAUAUCCACUCUUUGUGCACAACAUUGGUGGCCUGCUGUAUAACCCAGAAAAUGCUCCUCGCACAAAUACAUUGUCGCAAGCAGCAACGGAGAGACGUCGUAUUGAUAGUGUUGACUCGGUCCGUCCGCCUCCAUCUGCCCAGACUCCGUCGCUCCAGCAUCACAACACCAUGCCGGCAAACGGUCAAGGACCGCCCACACCUCAGUCCAUUGUCCCACACCCAAACCACGGGCGUCCGGGGAUCGAUCGGGCCCACACUUUCCCAACACCUCCGACUAGUGCGUCCAGUGUAAUGGGCAUGGGCAAUCAGGGCAGUUCGUACGAUUGGGGCAACCAGCAGAUGCCAAAUGGUACAAGUGGGGGCCAACCAUUGUCUAUUGAGACCGGCUUGAAUGCUCGGUCUAUGCCGACGACGCCUGCUACAACUCCACCUGGCAACGGCGGCCCGGGAAUGCAAUCCUACCAAGGUUCGUCCGGGUACGAUUCGAAACACUAUUACAGCACAACGCCCAGCUCUCAGACCGGGUAUGCGCAACAGCCAGAUGGGAGUCGCUAUGGCCAGGGCAUGCAAUCUGGUCCUUAUGGGAAAAGCGACAUGGGUCCGCCCUUGGGUCCUGGAAACGGGGUCGCUGGCGGGGAUGGCCGUGAUGGCAAGGCUGAUGCAUAUGGCCCACCCGGCCAUGGUUCUCACCAUGAGACUGAUCACCCUGACAGUGGUUACAUGAGCGCAAAUGCCUCUGCGUAUAACUCAAACCGUGGUCAAUAUGCCUAUGGUCCAGUAGGCGACCAUCCGCAUAUGUCUCCUGAACAAUUGUCAGGUUCUCCACCUCAUCAAGCUGGUUCUGGUCACGCAACACCUCGGACCAUGCCCUCGGGUCAACCGCAAUGGGCCUCUGAAUAUCAUACUCCACCCCGCGCACCUAACCCGAGCAAUGUGUACAACAUUAUGGGUCAUGAUCGCACACCACAAGGAGGCCCAACAGACACCUAUGGAAACCCAGCUUAUUCGAGCGGCCACCCUGCAGGGCUGACUUCGGUGAAGCGCGGAAGAGAAGAUGACGAUCAAGAUCGACCGGGAAGUCGACAAUAUGAUGGGUACGACUCCAAACGACGCAAGAUGGGACCUCAAGAAACUUUCGGAAUGCCCCUCCAGCCACCUCCACACAUGCAAGCCAUCAAGACGGGCGGGCAGCGGUAAACCGCGCUCAACUCUCUCGGAAUAUAAACCUUGCCAACGUGCAUGAUCACACGGGUACUGGGUAGCGGAAACCGGCUUUGAAAAGCAAUGGGCUCCGAGUCUCAUAUAAUGCCCCAUCACGAAACGAUUGGAAAAGCGAUUACGAAACUUUACGACGGCUGAAGGGCCAAAAAAAGAUUAAGACUUAACGAACGGAACAACAAGCGUGAAUUGUUUGCUUCCCGACAAUCUAACGACUUUACGACACGAUUUCCUAUUGAAAGCGAUUUUCGAAAUGGCGAAAAUGAUGACAAAUUUUGUGAUUGUGGCCUGCAUUGCUCAAUCAUUUGUUUAGAUGAAUGCUGAGAUCUUUUUUCCUUUUGUGUAUGAGGGAACGAUAUAUGUGUGGAUGGAUUAUGAUUGGGACGAAAACGGCUACGACUUUCAGGCGCCUUCGUGAUGUCUUCUUGGCUGCCGGACUCGAGAGCAAGAAUACACGCGGUUUUUCUGGUCCUUGCGAAUGCCCCCUUGCUUCUGGGAAAAGACGCAAUGAUUGUUCCAGUAACGAGCAGAAGUUGGGCGGCAGGGUCAAAAAAGGUGGCUCUCGUUUCCCUAAUCGUGAAAUCUACCGCUGAUGACGUGUCAAAUACAAUAAAAGCACUAUUCAUAAUCAA